AUGCUCUCAGCAAUCCUGCUCGUGCUGCAGCUCUGCUUUCUCGUCAAUGGCGUACCACUCUCACUCUGGCGGCAUGAGGUCGACGAGGCAUCUAUGCCAAGGAUAUCAAACCCUGAGCGGCGGCAGGAGCCAACAGUCGCAAUCACAGGCAUCCAGACAUACGGCGUGCAGUCACGGCUAGAGAUCCGGCAGCUUGAAGCAAAAACAGAUCAGUGGAAUCUCUUCUUGCUCGGCCUCAGGCGAUGCCAGCAGACAGACCAGAGCGACCUCACGUCUUACUACCAGAUCGCAGGGAUCCAUGGCCGGCCUUACAUCGCAUGGGACGGCGUCCCGUCGGCAGAUGGUCACAGCAGUCCUGGGUACUGCGCUCAUGUGUCGAAUGUGUUCUUAGCCUGGCACAGACCAUAUCUGGCAUUGUUCGAGCAGACACUCUACCAGCACAUGAUUGAUGCGGUCAACGAGUUCCCAGCUGGAGCAGUCCGCCAGCGGUACGCCUCUGCAGCAUUGACAUGGCGAUUCCCAUACUGGGACUGGGCUGCCACGCCUUCUGAUGGCCAGAGCGUCUACCCAGCCAGCCUGCAGUCACCGACCGUCAACGUCACAAUGCCCAACGGCACAGCCAUCAUCCCGAACCCCCUCUACUCCUACCAGUUCCACCCUGUCAGCGCCUCCGACUUCUACUUCAACCCCUUCGCCACCUGGAACGAAACCAAACGCUACCCCACCAGCUGGGACCUCGACGCCGUCAGCCAAAACCACCUCAUCGGCCCAGUGCUCGACAACAACCGCGUCUCCUUCCAAGACCGCCUGUACAACCUCUUCACCAACUACGACAACUUUACCGAAUUCGGCAACGAAGCCUGGAUGCACCCGGGCCUGCAAGCAUCGGAUAGCUUGGAAUCGCUCCACGACGCUAUCCACAGCAUCAUGGGCAGCAAUGGACACAUGACGUAUCUCGACUACUCCGCCUACGACCCCAUCUUCUUCCUCCACCACGCAAUGGUCGACCGCGCCUUUGCGCUGUGGCAGGCGCUGUACCCAGACAGCUACGUCGAGCCCAUGUCCUCCGUCGAACAGACCUUCACCAUCAGCGUCGGCGACGUGCUCGACGACUCUUCCGCGCUCGAACCUUUCUUCUCCACCGCAAAGCGGGACUACUGGACCGCCGGUUCCGUCCGCGAUACCAAGCGCCUCGGCUACACGUACCCGGAACUCAUCGGCAACCCCAACGUCUCCGACGUCAAAGCCGCGAUCAACAAGUUAUACGGCAACAGUUUCGGCAGCAGCAGCGGGCUCUCUAGGCGCGAGUCCCAGAACUCCACCGUCCCUUCCCGUGCUGCGGGCGAAGCCCAUUUCGAAGCCGCAUCUAUCCCCGACGAAGUCGUCCUCGACGGCCGCCACCGCCAGUACCUCGCCAACAUCCUCUCGCAGAAAUUCGCCCUCAACGGGUCCUACGCCAUCUACGUCUUCCUCGGCGACUUUGACGAUACGCCGACGGCGUGGGCCACGAGUCCGAAUUUAGUUGGGACGCACGCUGUCUUCGCCGCAUUGGACGGCGGGGACGCUGUUAGCAAUGCACAGGCGAGAGUGAAGAGGGACCAUGCUGCUAUUGCGGUCACGGGGACGAUGCCGUUGACGUCGGUGUUGCUCGCCAAAGCUGAGAGCGGCGAACUAUCCAGCAUGCGCCCCAGCGUAGUGGAAGACUACCUAGAAGCUAACCUGCACUGGCGUGUCGGCAUGUUCGACGGCACACAAAUCCCCCCCGACUCCGUCGCCGACCUGACCAUCACCGUCAUCACGGCGAAAGUGCAGCCCGCGGAGAGUGUGGAUGAUUUUCCGCAGUGGUCGGAGUUCACGGAGGUGACGAGGGUGACGCAGGGGAAGCCGGGGGGGUGUUGA